ACCUCAGAAAACAUUCUUUGUCUCUCUUUCCCUUCUCCCGCCUCUCUUUACCCUGCAACUGAAUUUCAUUUCCCUCUCCGUCGCCACCGCCACCGCCACCGCCACUUCCACCUCCACCGCUACCUCCGGUGAAGAUGGCGAUAGAGCCACUAGGACACAGAGUAAGCGACCUCAUAAAGGAAGUAAACUUGGAGCUCUCACCUUCACUUACUAAGCUCGUUGAUAAAACUAUUUCUUCCAUUAAGAAUGUCAUCGCCAAUAUUCCUGAAGAUUUCCAGGUUACUGCGGACGAGGCUCCAGGGUUCGUGAGAGACGUUGGUGCUGAUAAAGUUGAUUUUAAAUUCAAGAAGCCCCAAUUCGUUGAAAUUGGGGGAAGUUAUUCAAUUGGCUGCAUUGUGAAGCCAGAUGUUAAUAUUGAUCUUCUAAUGCGUUUGCCUAAGGAUUGUUUUCAUGAGAAAGAUUACUUAAAUCACAGGUAUCAUGCCAAAAGGUUCCUUUACCUUUCUGUUAUCAAGAGGUACCUGGAGUCUUCUGAAAUAGUAUGCAAGAUUGAAUGGUCCUGUCUCCAAAAUGAGGCGUGCAAACCUAUAAUGAUCAUAUAUCCAGAAGGUGCCAACCUUCCCGGGUUUUCUGUUAGAAUAAUACCUACCGCCUCAUCCUUAUUCAACAUCACCAAGCUGAAUGCAACCCGAAAUAAUGUGCGGGCACUGAACCAAGAUGGAGUUUCGUUACCUACACCGAAGUAUAACAGCAGCAUUUUGGAAGAUAUGUUCAUUGAAGAGUUUGCAGAAUUAAUUAAAGAGAAGUUUCAUGACUGGGAGGAACUUCGUAAAGCUUUGGUUUUAAUGAAGGUCUGGGCACGCCAAAGAAGUUCAAUAUAUAGUUAUGAUUGCUUGAAUGGUUUCUUAAUGGCUGCCAUAAUGUCCUAUCUUGCUGCAAAUAGAGUUGGUGGAUUUUUUAACAAGUCGAUGAAUGCCAUGCAAAUUUUUCGUGUCACUCUGGGCUUCAUUGCCAGUUCAAAAUCAUGGGAGAAAGGCUUAGUUAUGCAUCACAAAGAGAACUGCAACAUUUCAAGAGAGGAGUUGAAGGAAAAAAAGCAAUGUUUGAAGUCAUUUCCAGUAGUCAUAUGUGAUAGUUCUGCAAACUUCAAUUUGGCAUUCCGUAUAUCAAAGAGCGGCUUUCUUGAGCUUCAAGCGGAGGCUGCUUUGACACUUGAGUGUAUUCAGAAAUGUCAUGACAAUGGAUUUGAAGAAGUUUUUUUGACUAAAUCUGACUUUGCUGCCAAAUAUGACUAUUGUGUGAGGUUGAACUUGAAGGGAAACAGUGGCGUGCAUGCAUCAGGUUAUUGUGUCGAUGAUGAAUGUUGGAGAUUGUAUGAGGAGAAGGUGCAUUCACUUUUAUGCCAGGGUUUGAAUGACAGAGCAAAGUUCAUUCGUGUCAUCUGGAGAAACUGGUCCAGCAAUUGUCGUAUUCAAGAUGGGUUCUCAUCCCUAGAUAAAGAACCAUUGCUUAUUGGUGUUGCUAUCAGUGACCUGGAAAAAGCUCUUAGAUUAGUUGAUAAAGGCCCUAACCCCGAGCAUAAACAGGAGGUUGCCAAAUUUCGGAAGUUUUGGGGAGAAAAGUCCGAGUUUCGGAGAUUUAGUGAUGGUACCAUUGGAGAAUGUGUUGUGUGGAAAUACAAGCAGUGGGAGAAGCAUCAAAUUGUAAAGAAAAUUGUUGAGCAUGUAUUAUCACGUCAUCUUUCUCUGUCGAUAGAAAAUGUAGUUGUUAGUGCAGAUCAGCUUGAUUUUUCUCUGUGUCAUGGUGGUGCAGAUCCUAUAUCAUAUACCGGAGGCUUACUUGAAGCCUAUGAAGCUUUAGCCAAGCACUUGCGCCUUUUGGAUGAUAUUCCCUUGAAGAUAUCUAGCGUUCAACCCUUAGAUUCAGCUUUCAGGUGCACUGCUGUUUUCCCUCCCGAGCCUCAUCCUCUGGCUGGAGAUAAAACCUUCAUAUCAAGAUCGGUAAAGGUUGCUGCAACCUGUGUACAACCAAUGGAAGUUUUGAUUCAGUUGGAGGGGUCAGGAAAUUGGCCAAUGGAUGAAUUGGCCACUGAAAAGACUAAAUCUGCUUUCCUUCUAAAGAUUGGAGAAAGUCUUCAAAAAAAGUGGGAUGUCAGCUGCAUUGCCACUGAAGAUGAUGUGGAUGUGUUGCUUUCUGGAUAUGCUUUCCGGCUAAAGAUUUUACACGAGAGGGGCCUGAGUUUGGUGAAAGGAGAGGGAAAUCAAGUCAAGCGCGUGUCUUCCAUAGACAAGAAACUUUUCAUUCGUAGUCAGCAUUCUAGCAUGAUCAAUGGUUUGCAGGGGCGGUGUCCCGUUUAUGGUCCAGUAGUCAGGCUUGCAAAACGAUGGGCAGCUUCACACCUCUUUUCUGCUUGCUUGGAAAGUGAGGCUAUUGAGCUCUUAGUAGCUCAUUUAUUUCUGAAUUUCAAACCAUUCUGUGCUCCUAACUCGAGGAUUACAGGUUUUUUGAGGUUCUUGAGAUUGUUGUCCGAGUAUGAUUGGAAAUUCUCUCCUUUGAUCGUUGAUAUAAAUGGUGACAUGACUGCUGAUAAUGUGACAGAGAUCAAUAAGAACUUUAUGUCAAGUAGAAAAGCUCAUGAAGGCAGUGUUAGUGAAGCAAUCCCUGCAAUAUUUUUAGGUACGACCUAUGAUAAGUGUUCUGAAGCUUGGACAUCUUCGUCACCAAAUCCCUUGGGGCUUAAAAGGUUGGUUGCUUAUGCUCGGAGCAGUGCUAAUCUGUUGACAAAACUCGUAGAGCAAGAUCAUUAUGAUUCACAUGGAUGGGAGUGUCUUUUCCGGACUCCUUUAAACAACUAUGAUGCUGUAGUUCUUCUACACAGAGACAAAUUAGCAUAUCCACAACGUCUCCUCUUUCCGUCUGAGGUUAAAGAAGGCAAAUAUGUGGCCCGUGGAAAUCCUAGCAAUUACUUCUCACCCAUUUUUAGGCCCAAGGAUGUGAAAGGAGGCUUGGAUGUUAUAAAAACAAAGAUAAUGGUGGAUUUUGACCCUCUACAAUGCUAUCUUAUGGAUAUACAGGGAGGGUUCCCGAAUUCGUUCAAUCUGUGGUACGAUUCUUUGGGUGGUGAUGCUAUUGGUAUAACAUGGAACAAAUCUGCAUCAAAGAAACGAGAUCGAGAUGAAGAUAGUAAAGAUGCUACAGACAUCUUGAAAGCCGUUGGUGAAGCUGGUAACGGUUUUGUGAGGAGUGUCCAUCUUCUCAAGGCUCCUAGGCUUUGUAACUAGGAAAGCUCUUAAUCUUUCAUGGCCCUAUCGAUCGUGAUAUUUAUUCAACAAUGGGAGUGUGAUAUACGAGAAAGGUUUAGAGCUACAUAAAUAUACCUAACCUUUAGGGUUAUAGCUUGCGAUUUUGUACCAUCUCGGAGAAUGUUAUACUAGCUAGUGUUUAGGUCAAUUGAAAAACAGUAUAAUUUUGUGCCAACAGCAUUAUAGGCUUGUAGCAGCAACUACCACUUGCACAGUUGUAUUUGCUAUUCAGGUAAAUGCCAAUUUUGUUCUAAUUUUCAUUGA